AUAUUUUGGGGAUUAGAUCAAGAACCGUCGAUUUCCAUCAUCAUCAUCAUCACCACCGUCACAACAACUCCUCUCUUCUCUUCUCUCCCAGAAUCUCAAAACUCUCUCUCUCUCUGUGGUACCCAAAACCAUUAACAAUAAAAACCCCAUUCGCCAUAACCAAAUCCUUCUCUCUCUUUCUCUCUGUGUAACCCAUCAUCGUAUCUGAAUCGAUUUCUGAUUUUUCUAUUUUUUGUUUGGUCUGGUUUGGUUUGGUUUUGAAUUGAAUCGAUAAAGGAAGAAGAAGAAGACGAUGUACGUACAGGCAGUGCCACCCACGGAUCUGAAUCGGAACACGGAGUGGUUCACGUACCCUGGGGUUUGGACCACUUACAUUCUAAUCCUUUUCUUCUCAUGGCUCACCGUUCUAUCUAUUUUCGGUUGCUCCUCCGGCAUGGCCUGGACCAUCGUCCACCUCGCCCAUUUCCUCGUUACCUACCACUUCUUUCAUUGGAAAAAGGGGACCCCAUUUGCUGAUGAUCAAGGUAUUUACAAUGGAUUGACUUGGUGGGAACAGAUUGACAGUGGCAAACAACUCACACGAAACAGAAAGUUUCUAACUGUUGUUCCUGUUGUGCUGUACUUGAUAGCCUCUCACACGACAGAUUACGAACACCCUAUGCUGUUCUUCAAUACACUGGCGGUUUUCGUGUUGGUGGUGGCCAAGUUCCCAAACAUGCACAAAGUUAGAAUAUUCGGUAUCAAUGCUGAUCAUUAAGAUUUGAGUUACUACUACUUCUAAACAGAAUUACAUCUUGGAUUCACUCUGGUUUCAAAUCAUUUUGACCUUUCCAAUUUUUUUUGUUAAAAACUUGGAAAAGGAGUAUAUUAUGUCUAAUGAAAAUGAGCUCUUCUUCUUCUUUGUUUUUUUAAAGCAUUAGUUGUAAGUUACAGAUAACUUGAGGAGAAAAAUGUUUUUCAAUGCAUUUUGUGGUUAUACGAGCUGAGAUAAUCUCCAAGAAUUUUACUCCUCAAUUAAAUUGAUAAUCAUUUUUUA